AAUUCGUUCAGCUUUUUUUUUCUUUGCCGUUUUCCCGUUAAGAAUUAAUUUCAUGUCUCGUAGCUACUCUUUGUAGUUUGUCUCUCUAUUUUAUGGGUUCUCUUUAGACACUUUUCUCAAGCAAUUGAAUAUAAUAUACAAAUACUAGACCUCACUUAGAAACACCCAAACUUCGAAAUGUCCACUCUCAAGGACUCGAUUAAUGGCGUAGCCUCUUCCGUCGCUGUCGUAAUACCUUCUAAACCGACUCCGUUAAAGGCGACCUACCUAGACUUAGUAGCCGAAUGUUCCUCCUUCCAGCGCAAGCUCGCUGCAAUCGGUAUUACUCACCGCUCCCCAGUCUCGAUCGCGACGGUAAACUCGUACGAAUUCAUCGUCUCGUUCCUAGCUACCUCGUGGCAGCGCGGUAUUGCAGCCCCCCUGAACCCGGCUUAUAAGCAAGAGGAGUUCGAAUUUUAUAUUGAGGAUAUUAAGUCUGCUAUUGUGCUUGUGCCGAAGGGGGCAUACCAAGCCAAUGCUCCAUCUGUCAAGGCCGCGCGCAAGUUCAAAGCUGCAAUUGCUGAGUGCUACUGGGACAAUGUGAGAAAAGAGGUGGUUUUAGAUGUUAAGGACUUUGGGCAGCUUAAGGGACGGGCUAAGGAGAACAUACUCCAACCACAACCAGAUGAUGUCGCGUUGGUCUUGCACACAAGUGGCACGACGUCACGGCCUAAAGUUGUCCCCUUAACACAUCGCAACUUAACAAGGACGAUGAGGAAUAUCCAAUCCACAUAUCAACUUACCGCGCAAGAUCGGACAAUGUUGGUGAUGCCUCUCUUCCACGUCCACGGCCUUCUUUGCGCUCUCCUGGCUCCUCUCUGCUCCGGCGGCUCCAUGAUCGUGCCGACUAAAUUCUCGGCUUCGGAUUUCUGGCAGGACUUCUCUACCUAUGGGGCGAAUUGGUAUACUGCUGUACCGACUAUACAUCAGAUCCUACUGAAGAACCCAACUCCAAGCCCCUUGCCAAAUAUCCGUUUCAUCCGCUCUUGCUCCUCGCCGUUGUCUCCAACAGUUUUCCAUCAGCUAGAAGAGAAGUUCAAGGCGCCCGUGUUAGAGGCGUAUGCCAUGACUGAAGCUGCACAUCAAAUGACGUCUAACCCCUUACCCCCGGCAAAGAGAAAGCCCGGCACUGUUGGUCUAGGUCAAGGCGUAGAGGUUAAAAUUCUCAACGAUGCCGGCGAUGAGUUACCGCAAGGUAGCGAGGGCGAAAUCUGCAUCAUUGGUGAGAACGUGACUAAGGGUUAUCUCAACAACCCAACCGCCAAUGCAACUGCUUUUACCAAGGGCGGUUUCUUCCGUACCGGUGAUCAGGGCAAGAAGGAUGAGGACGGCUAUAUCAUUAUCACGGGUCGAAUCAAGGAGCUCAUCAACAAGGGCGGCGAAAAAAUCAGCCCGAUCGAGCUAGAUAACGUAUUGGCUAGGCAUCCGUCUGUCUCGGAAGCCGUAAGCUUUGCCAUUCCCGACGACCUCUAUGGCCAAGACAUCGGCGUUGCCAUUGUGCUGAAGAGCGGAGCCAAGCUGAAUCAAGACGAAUUGAAGGCGUGGGUGAAUGAGAAACUGGCUAAGUUCAAAGUGCCUAAGAAGGUUUACUUCACUGAGAUUAUGCCUAAGACCGCAACAGGAAAGAUCCAGAGGCGCAUCGUAGCAGAGACGAUGCAAAAACAAGAGUCGCCCAAAGCGAAGCUUUAGAGACCAUUUUCAGUUAUCACAUUGCAUAUCUACAAUAGAGGAUACACGCUUAGAGAUAUAGAUACAUAUAAAACCGACGGCAUCAUGCACGAAGUUAUAGAUCGGUUAGGGGUGCGGGUGCGCCAAGUUGUAUAAGCUACAUAGCACCUAGAUUUAAUUGUUUUGUUUUAAGACACGAGAAGCGAGUUAAGAGUGCAA